AUGAAGAAGUAUAGGGUAAACCACCGUCUAUCCACCCCAUAUCAUCCUCAAAGUAAUGGCCAAGCAGAAAUUUCAAAAAGGGAAAUCAAGAGUAUCCACGAAAAAACAGUGAGUCCUUCAUGGAAGGACUGGAGCAAAAGGUUUAACGAUGCCUUGUGGGCUUAUCGCACUGCUUAUAAAACACUGAUCGACAUGUCACCGUACAGACUAGUUUUCAGAAAAAUGUGUCAUCUUCCUGUGGGCAUUGAAGAUAAAGCAUACUGGGCAGUCAAGGAAGUAAACAUGCAACCUAAAUUGUGUGCUGAAGAAAGGAAGCUCCAACUGCAAGAGUGGGAAGAACUCAGACUGGAAUCCUAUGAUGCAGCCAUGUGUUAUAAGGAGAAAACUAAGCUUUGGCAUGACACAAACCUGAGGAUGAAACCCUUUAGGGACAACUCGGAAGUGCACAUUAUGGAAGAAAUUCCACUGUGCACGACCGAUGUUCUCGCCUUAGUUGAUCAACUAGUAGAUGUUCUAGGUGAUCCACUUGACCAACUAAAUGAAGCAUGUCGAAUCAUGAAAGGAUCAAGUGAAUCUCUAGAACGUCUACAAGGCUUGUGA